AUGCCGAGAUUACCAUGUUGCCAAGACUUGGAAGAUAAUAAAGUGGCAGGAACUUCGGCAUCACCUGCCACCUCGGCCUCUUCGUCUUCGACUUCCUCUCCUUCUUCUUCUUCUUCUUUCUUCCCAGAUGUAUGGACAUGGAUUCAGAACCUCCCAGCAAUCACUCAAUGGAGAAAAGAUUCCAUGUCCAUAUGCAUAUGUUGUUUAAGCUCAUCCCAACCAUCUCUCAAACUCUCCAUAUCCAAAAACCCCCAAUCUUCUUCCCUCUCCUUCUCAAUUCUCGCAGAUUACAACCUCCCAAUCUCUCUCUGGACCUCAAAACCAUUCAAACUCAACUCCAAAUUCACAAACUCAAUCGACGAAGAAACCAUCUCUAAUCUCUUCGUCAAUUUCAUCGAAGACGUCCUCAAUUACUGCCCUAAUAGAACCACAUCGUUCCUCAGAAUCCCCCAAAUCAAUUCAUCGAACAACUUCAAAGACAUCUUCAACGUCUCGUUUCUGACUCUAACUUUCCUGAUUUGCAUCUACGAAGCUCCCGCAGAUCUCCGGUCGGAAAGUCUUAACGUUCUGAAAAAUCAACUCGCGUGUCCGCGAUCGAGAGAGACGACGAAGCUAUUGGCCAGACUCGUGGGGUCGAGUUUGGAAGAGCAGUGGAUGAGAUCGGUAAAUCUCGCGAUCACGAAUUGGAUUGUGGAGCUUCAAGCCAUGCUCAAUCAUAGCAUCAAAACUCCAUCGCCUCUGUUUUCGUACGGAGUUUCGAAUGUUGGGUUGUGGAAAGUUCAACUGUAUUGUCCUGUGAUUGCCAUGAAUGUUGAGAAAUCGACCAAUCCUCCUCCUGAUGAGCGAUUGUGGUUUUCUUUGAACUAUCACCAGCUUGAGGGGGUGAUUCAAUUGAAUUACAAAGUGAUUGUUCGAGAGAAGUGGGUUGACGUGAUGGUGAACGUAGAUAACAUAAGGUGCGACAUUAUCCGACUUGUAACCGAGACUCUCAUGACCGAGCGAGGAGCCGGAACAUCCGAAAAACACUUCCCCUCACGAAUCUCUCUACAGCUCACUCCCCAAACCAACGUUCUAACCGUAUCAGUAACCAAGUCCUCGGACAACCCAACAAGGGAAAUCGACCAAGAAAAAACCCUCGAAGGCUCGUUCAUUCAACCAAACUCACUGGGACUCAAGAUUUCAGCUGUAGAAACCAUGACAACUACCUUAAAGCCAUGGAAAUUUGAGCAAUCCGUCUACGGUGACACAGCAAACCUAAACUGGUUUCUCCACGACAGUGUAGAUGGAAGAGAAGUGUUUUCAUCAAAGCCUUCGAAGAUGGCAAUGAUACAGCCCAAGGCGUGGUUUAAGAACCGGUACUCGAGUGUGUACAGGCCAUUUACAAGGCAAGGAGGGGUGGUGUUUGCGAACGAUGAGUAUGGAGAGACUGUGGGGUGGAAGGUGGAGAGGAGUGAGUUGGGGAAGGUGAUGGAGUGGGAAAUGAGAGGGUGGAUUUGGUUAACUUAUUGGCCCAAUAAGCAUUGGAGUUUUUAUAGUGAAACUAGGAGGUUGGAGUUUAGAGAAAUUCUUCAACUUACACUUUCUUAGAUAUACUACUAUGGAAAAUAAUUUGCAUGGGAAUUAACUUGUAGUUUGUGUUUUAUGUUUGCUGAAUAAAUGUCUUGAUCUUACCUAGAGGGAGUUUCGCAUUGAAUUUCUUGGGAGUUUUCGAUUUCAAAUAUGCUAUGGAC